ACCUUUUUCUUCUUCUUUCUCUCCCCCUUUUCUUCUUCCUCCACUUUUUCCUUCCAGAUCUGUAUGGGUUCUCCCUUGAUAACUCAAAUUAGAGGUACCCAUGAAUAUUUGGAUCUAUGGUGAAUCGACCUUGGCGGCGACCUCCACGUCACUGACCUUGGGUUCGGUUUAUUCAGCUUCAACUUCUUAACUUCUUCUGCAUUUUCGUUCUCCUUCAAAUCUUUAAGACUGCCAUCCUCAUCCUUGUCAUCAUCGCCACCUGAACUGCAUCUCCCACAUCUGCAUUCGGCUUGGGCUUCCGCUGCCUCUUGGCGUAGAAGAAGGAAGCUAGCAUCGACUAAUCCAGGCCCCACGUCGAUCGCUAGCUAGUUUAAAGAUUCAAUCUUCUUAUUGUAAAUGAACAUAGUAAUCUACAAGUUUGGGAACAAUGGAUGGCAGGGGCAGAUCACUCGUUCUUCUCUGUCUUUCACGUUUGCUGAUUCCUGCUUGUUCUACGACUAAUACUUUAGAGCAAGGCAAACAGCUCAGAUAUGGGGAGCUGCUGAACUCAUCAAACGGUCGCUUCAGUUUAGGAUUCUUCCGGUUUUCCAAAGAUUCAGAUAAAUCUUUCUUAGGAAUUUGGUAUAAUGAUCACAGCUCCAAUUAUGAAGUUAACGGAGUUCAGGAUCCAGUUUGGAUUGCAAACCGGAACAACCCAAUCUUCAACAGUUCUGGAAUUCUCUCAAUCAACCACAAUGGAUGCCUGCAGAUUUUAUCUGGUGAGAGAGAGUUCAUUGCCUUGUAUCCAACUAGACCUCCAAUUCAGGCGCAUGCCACCCUACGGGACGAUGGCAACUUUGUACUGCAGCAGCUGAAUUCAGAUGGAUCUGUGAAGGGGGAUUUAUGGCAAAGUUUUGAUCAUCAUGAAACUAGGAUUUAACCUGAAAACUGGGUUGAGUUGGACUUUGACAUCAAAGAGAAGUUACCAGUCACCUGCAUCUGGCUCUUUUACACUGGGAAUGGAUCCCAACGAUACAAAACAACUGGUCAUAUUGCGGCGAGAUGAGGUAUACUGGAGAAGUGGACCUUGGCAACAUAG